UCUAAUUCAACAAACUCCGCACCGUGUUCAAUUCUCUCUAUUCUCUUCUUCACAGUGAAUCAUUAAACUCUCUCUUUCUCUACUUUCAGAGAUGGAAAGCAAAGCAGAAUUAUCUCAUUUAAUUUUCCCUUACGUUAGAGUUUACAAAGAUGGAACCAUAGAAAGACUCGCUGGAACAGAAAUUGCUCCUGCAGGCUUAGAUCCUGAGACUGGUGUUUUAUCCAAAGACACCAUCAUCAUACCAGAAACUGGUGUCUCAGCCAGAAUCUAUCUUCCCAAUUCAUCGAAACCCCAUCAAACACUUCCUCUUGUAAUCUAUUUUCACGGCGGAGGAUUUUACUUAUCUUCCACUGCUGAUCCCAAGUACCAUCACAGCCUCAACAGAAUGGUUGCUGAGGCUAAGAUCAUCCUGGUUUCAGUCAACUACAGGUUAGCCCCUGAGACCCCUCUUCCUGGUGCUUACGAGGACUCAUGGGGUGCACUUGAGUGGGUGGUUUCUCAUGCUAGGAAGCAUGAGCCGUGGCUCGUCGAUUAUGCAGACCUUGGGAAGGUGUUCUUAGCAGGAGAUAGCUGCGGUGCUAAUAUGGCGCAUCAUUUUGGGUUGAAGCUUAAAGAUUCUGAACUGGGUAGAGAGCUGAAGAUUGAAGGAAUUGCCACGAUCAACCCUUACUUCUGGGGAAAAGAUCCUGUGGGUGUGGAAGUAACUGAUCAUCAAAGGAAGUCAAUGGUGGAUGACUGGUGGAUGUUCGUUUGCCCAUCUUCUUCAGAGAAAGGGUGUGAUGAUCCUCUGAUAAAUCCUUUCAUAGAUGGAAAUUCUCCAAGCUUUGAAGGGCUGAGAUGUGAGAGAGUGAUUGUUGUAGUUGCAGAGAAAGACAUAUUAAGGGAUAGAGGAAGGAUUUAUUAUGAGAAAUUGGUGAAGAGUGGUUGGUCAGGGACUGCUCAGAUUGUAGAAACUAAAGGAGAAGAUCACAUCUUCCAUAUAUUUGAUCCUAAUUGUGAGAAUGCUAAGAACUUGUUAAAGCUUCUUGCUUCUUUCUUCAACCAAGCAUAAUCCUACUUAGUUCUUCAUUUUCUAUUUUUAAUCUAGAAUUGGAGGCACCGGAGACUCAAACUUGUGUCUACCCGACGAGUAUGCUUUGUAUUACUGGUCUAAAUCAGAUUAGACAAGUUCUUGUAAUUUUGUUACACUUCCUAGUAUAAAAAUAUAGUUAAAUCACUAUUAUUAUAUUAUUUAUUUGACUUUUAUUUGUUGUAUAUAUUUAAUU